GUUCCUUGUUUUCUUUCGUCACGGAGGGGUGGCCGUUGUCACAGGACUGCUUCCGGGUUGCCGGGUGACCUUGAGCACGUAGAAGCGCGAUGGCUGUUCUUUGGCGUUUGAGUGCCCUCUGCGGUGCCCAAGGAGGCCGAGCGCUGUUGCUUCGAACCCCAGUGAUCAGACCUGCUCAUGUCUCAGCAUUUCUACAGGACCCACCUACCCCAGGAUGGUGUGGGACACAGUACAUUCACCUCUCUCCCAGCCGCCAUGCUGGUUCCAAGGCUGCAUCUCUCCACUGGACUAGUGAGAGAGUUGUCAGUGUUUUGCUCCUGGGUCUGCUUCCAGCUGCUUACAUGAGUCCUUGCUCUGCGAUCGACUACUCCUUGGCCGCAACCCUCACUCUCCAUAGUCAUUGGGGCCUUGGACAAGUUGUUACUGACUAUGUUCCAGGGGCUGUUACGCAGAAAGCUGCCAAGGCGGGUGUUUUGGCACUCUCAGCUUUAACUUUUGCUGGGCUUUGUUAUUUCAACUAUAAUGACGUGGGCAUCUGCAAAGCUGUUGCCAUGCUGUGGAGGCUUUAAACUUUUUGACUUAAAUACCUUGAGAAUUGAUUGUAUUCUUUGCCUCUGCUCUGUCACACCAUUUCAACUCACAAUGAGGAGGAAAUGACAGAUCAGUCCAUUGGUGAGAGAAACUUCUUCUCCUAAUCACCUGGUUAUUUUUAGAAUUUAAUCUAAAUGGUGUUAUCUCUCAUCUUCUCAUAAGACUCACAAUAUAAACAUUAAAUAAACAUUAAUAUGAGUUUUUGACUUUUAAUUUAUCAAAGUCUUAAAGGGAAUUCAGCUUUAUUACCAUUUAUCAUUGAUACCUGGUCAAGCUUCUGUAUUUGUCCUGGGAAUGAAGGAGAAAGGGAAAGACUAUUAAUUCAUACGUAAAGACUUUUUAGAAAACUAGGCAGUGUUUAAUUUUUGAGAACUUCCCCUUCUGUUCAGUUGAUACCAAUUACUGGUGGUUACAUGGCCUAGGGGUCUUUAAAAUUAGGAAAUGCUGCUAUUUUAAGUAGGGAAGAGAUCCCCUAAAGAUGUAUCAAAAUAUUGCAGACUUAAUCCUUAAGUGAGACUUAAUCUUUACAUGUGUUUAUUUUACUUGCUCUCAAAUAAUCCAUCCACAGAACUAGAAGAAAUAAAUUGUUAUUUUCCCACUGGGAAUCUCAAAUGUGAAAAUGUAUUCUAUAAAAAUAAAGUUUUUUAAAAAUAAAUAUUAUAUAAUAAAAAGGUAUUCUACUCUUAUGUAUUAAUUGUCCCUAGUUUUAUUAAAUAGAAAUGAUUGUUGC